AUGAGCAGUGAUUCCAAGAAAAGUGGAUCUGGGGGAGCAGGAGGAGGAGGAUUCAAGGCUAAAUUGGAACACUAUUUGUAUAGUGGAGAAAAGAAGCAUGUCCUUGGAGGCAUCGCCGUAAUUGGUGUCAUUUUUGGUGUCCCUUGGUACCUCAUGAAUCGAGGAGCAAAACAUCAAUCGCAUCAAGAUUACAUGGAAAAAGCUGAUAAAGCAAGGAAUGAAAGACUCUCCGCUGGCUCUCCUGAAUUGGCCCGUGUAGGGCAACGACUGAUCCAGGAUGUGUCGCCCAGGAUGAAGCCAACAUGGCCAGCAUCUUAUUAG